UCUGAGAAAACAGCCAGUGAAAAGCUCCUGGAAAUACAUGACUGUAUAAGAGAGCUCCAGAGCAGAGGAAUUCCUCAGCUAACACCCAGGAGAAUCCUGUGAUGCUGCUCAGUGUGAAAACUGCAAUAAUCUGCUUGUGUCAUCAGCCCAGCCAGCAUCUGACUUGGUUUGUCCUGAGAGGACGAUUCCACUUGAGAAGCCUUUAGCAGAGGCUGGGGCAGGGCAACAGCAGUCUGCAGCAGAUCUAGCAAGCAAGAGCCUCACACAGGAUCCUACACCACCCAACUCACCAUUCAGCUCCUGUGCCGGUGAUCAGCAAUCUCCUCUCUGACAAAGAUUUUCAGGCUGCUACUUCCAAGAGCUACUCCUCUACCGUUCUCCAUGGAAUUUUAGCAGCCGUAAGGGAGAAGUUUAUCACUUUUCUUUUGAAUAAUAUACUGCAUUAGGCAGUUGUGAGCAGAGGACUAGCACCGUCAUGGCCAUAAACACAGAUGCCCAGUAUGAGAAGGCGCUGGGGGGCUCAGGCAACCCUCUCCCCGCAGAGGCACAUGAGACUGAGAAACUCCUCACCUCCGCUACGGAGGCUAAAGAAGAGAAUGGCAUGAAGAAGUCUUUCUCUGUCACCAUGUCCAGUGACAAGUCCAUAGGAGACCUAGACCAGAAUGGGCACAGCCUGCCCUACAAGUCAGUGUCUGCAGGGCAGCUGGAGUCAGCCCCCCUCUCCCCAAGCAGAGGUAGCCUUGCCAGGGCUUCUUCUACGGCCACCACCACCGCCCAGGAACAAAGCAGGCCCACUGACUAUUUGGUCCUGGCCAUCUUCUCCUGCUUCUGCCCAGUUUGGCCAGUCAACAUAGUGGCACUGAUCUUCUCCAUCAUGUCAAGAAACAGCUUACAGCAGGGUGAUGUGGAUGGAGCUCGAAGAUUAGGACGCCUGGCCAGACUCCUGAGUGUGGUAUCCAUCUUGCUGGGGAUCCUCAUCAUCGUCCUUUGUGUCCUCAGUAUCACCGGUGAGCUAAAAAUCUCCUAAGUUUUCCACUAAGGUUCAGUGAAGAGCUGGGGCUCAGAGGGAAAUCGGGGAGCGGCCUGCCUUUCCUUCAUUUGUUGACACCUCCUCACUGCAAGAGAACCUUACACUUUGGAGGCUUGCUGGGGGAAGGAGCAGGCCCAGCUCUUUCCAAGGUCCAAGGGAUUGCAUGCGGCACUUUACACGCCCUUGGGAAUUGAGAGAAAUAAGAAAGAGAUUCAGGAGCACAGCACACAAUGAGAGGGACUUGAAAAA